GAUAGGUCAGAUCCACCCCGGGAUUUAUAGCCACCCCCCAUAGUACAGAGCGCACACACUCGCACAGAAGAGCUGUCAUUAUCGCCUCAGCUGCUGCAGAGAAAGGGCUGUUUGCUUUGCACUUACUGCCACAGGAAAUAUGGCUCGGUGUGAGGAGAGGAAAAAGUCCUUCUGGGAGAGGCUCUGUCCAUGUUGCUGCACAGAGAGAAGCCAAUAUGAGCCAGACAAUGAUAUGAGACCAGUAAACAGACCUGAUGGAGGAAGCAGGGACAACAGACCUGAUGGAGGAAUCGGGGACAACAGACCUGAUGGAGGAAGCAGGGACAACAGACCUGAUGGAGGAAGCAGGGACAACAGACCUGAUGGAGGAAGCAGGGACAACAGACCUGAUGGAGGAAGCAGGGACAACAGACCUUCAGUUAACCCUCCCUCUCCUUCCCUUACCCCUUCCAUAGGAGGACCACUGCAGGUGCAAAAUGUGGACCUGUUGAAACAGCGUGGAGGAGAAACACGCAGAGCUCACCAUACAGAUGAAUUUGAAUAUGAUGAGCUCAUUGUGCGGAGAGGGCAGCCCUUUAAAAUUUGUGUCACUUUCCAGAGAGCAUUCAACCCUAAGAGCGAUCGGAUUUGUGUUGUACUACAAAUGGCAAAUGCUCAGCCAAUCACCCUUUCACAAGUCAAUGAAUUUGAUGAAAGUGGUUGGGCAUGUCAAGUAGCUGAGGUCAAUGGUUGCAAAUCGAAUAUAUGGUUGAACACAUCAGCUCAGGCUCCAAUAGGACUUUACCAAAUGAUUGUGAAGACUAACAGCGGGGAAGGACCCUCCAAUCUCAGGGUCUAUAUCCUCUUCAACGCUUGGUGCCGGAUGGAUUCAGUCUUUAUGGAUAAUGAAGCAUGGCGGCAGGAGUACGUGCUUAAUGAGAUUGGCAGGAUAUAUUAUGGCACUCAAAAUCAGAUUGGAGAACGAUCCUGGAACUAUGGGCAGUUUGAUAAAGGAGUCCUUGAUGCUUGCCUCUAUCUGUUAGACUGUGGUCGUAUAGCACCUGGUUCACGAGGAGAUCCGAUAAAUGUCACCCGAGUCAUAUCUGCGAUGGUAAAUUCAAUGGAUGACAAUGGUGUGGUUGCAGGAAGCUGGUCUGGGGAUUAUGCAGAUGGCGUAAAUCCCGUUGCGUGGGUUGGAAGUGUGGAUAUUUUACUCCGAUAUCACCAGAGUGGCAGCUCAGUUAAAUAUGGACAGUGCUGGGUGUUUGGUGGUGUCACAACUACAGUAUUACGAUGUCUUGGAAUUCCUGGGCGAACCAUUACCAAUUUUGCAUCUGCGCAUGAUGCUGAUGGAAACCUCACAUUUGAUAUUUAUUUUGAUGAAAAUAUGAAGCCCAUCGAAGAUAAGAACCGUGACUCAGUCUGGAAUUACCACGUUUGGAAUGACUGCUGGAUGACACGCCCAGAUCUUCCUGCAGGAUAUAGUGGUUGGCAGGCAAUUGAUUCUACCCCUCAGGAAACCAGCAAUGGUAUUUACUGCUGUGGUCCUUGCCCUCUUCUUGCUAUUAAGAAUGGACUGACCAAUAUAAAAUAUGAUGCACCAUUCAUCUUUGCAGAGGUAAAUUCAGACAAGGUCUGCCACCAGCGUAUGCCAAAUGGCCAAUUUAAGCGGGUUCUUGUGGAGGAGAGAGCAGUUGGCCACUGCAUCAGUACCAAGGCAGUUGGCUCUUUUGCCCGAGAUGACAUCACUUACCUGUACAAGCACCCAGAAGGAUCAACCGAAGAGCGUAACUCAGUGCACACUGCUGCACGUUAUUCAAACAAACCACUGGCAGCUGUUGAUAAUGAAGAGACAAGUGAUGUGUCCAUGUCGGUUGAGUCACAGGAUGGUGUCAUCACAGGAAGUGACAUCAAUGUCAGAGUGUUACUGAAAAAUAACAGCAAUAGUCGACGCUGUGUGUCCUUGUCCUUGACCGUUGGUGUCAUGUACUACAAUGGAAUUUGCAAAGAAUCAUUCAAAAAUGAGACCCGAGAUACAACACUAAAUCCUGGAGAAGGAAAGGCAGUCGGGAUGCUGAUUAGCUAUGCAGAGUACAGUAAGCAUUUAGUGGAUCAGGGUGCCAUGAUGCUCACUGUGUCUGGAAUAGUAAAUGAGACGGGUCAGAAACUUGCCAAACAGCACACAUUUAGAACAAGGACUCCAGAUCUGGUCAUCAAGGUCCGGGGCGAUGCUAUAGUUGGCCAACAGAUAGUGGCAGAGGUUAUAUUCAAGAACCCACUUAACACAACUCUGCACAAUGCUGUUUUCCAUGUGGAAGGGCCUGGCCUGCAGAGGCCAAAGGUUAUAAAAUACGGUAAUAUUGGGCCCCUCCAAACUGUAUGCGUCUCAGAGCGUUUCACACCUAGACGUCCCGGUCCUCGUCAAUUUAUUGCCAGUCUGGAGAGUAACGAAUUGAGCCAAGUACAUGGAACGACAGAAGUGGUCGUGCAACCCUGCUAAACCGAAGCAGAACAGAGUCAUAGCUAAUCCAGAGCCAAUCUGCACUAUUAAUUCAGUAUUAUUAGGUGAUACAGGUGCAACAUGAUGACCUCACACUUUGUAUAGCAUUAAUUGUAGAGAGUGCCAAACAAUUAGAAGUGAUUUUAUCCUAUUGAAGCUGACAGUCAUAUGGGACAUCAAAUUAAGUUCUGCUUUUGUCCAACAGAUGUUAUUGGACUUCAAUUUUUUUGUGUAUUAUCUCAUUCACUGGAAGAGCUCAAAUCAUUUGGUCAUUAAGCUAAUCAUUUUUUUUAGAUGUUUUAGUGACUCUUAGUUGUGUCUCUGCCUCAUAAGGCCCAAAGUAACUGAUAGAGAUGAAAUGUAAUCUAGUAUUCCAUGGGUGCAAAGACUUAAUUGCUGAGUCACGAGCAGAACUUGCUAGUCAUUAUUGCCUUUUCCCUCCCGUCCUUGUCUUAUGGAAUUGUCAAAAAGCAUUAUUGAUGGCACAGCUUUAUUUGAUGGGUUGCAACAAGGAAAGAACUGUAUUUCAUGUUUGGUGAGUUAAGUGCCAAAAGGGGUUAGUAGCUGAUGGCCUUAACCCCUUCAGACAGCAAGAGACUCCUGUAUUUUGUGGGUUCUUUAGCGUCAGUCGCUUAAAAGAAUUGCAGGCAUAACACAGGCGGUUGUUACAGUUGCACCAUAUUUAACAAAGAUGCCACUUAUUAUCCAAGAUACAGUAUCCUAUCUUUAUUAUUUAACACUUUCUGGUCACUGUACUUGGUUUGAGACCUCAGCAGCCAUGCUUACCUUUACAUGCUUAGACUGUGACUACUGGUGAGACAGUCAUGGCAAAAGAGGCUGGAUUGAACAUAGUAGGACUAUUAAUAUAGAGUGAUGUCACAUUUCAGCACGUAAACUGUGUUACUAUACUAUGCAGAUACAUUAAUAUCACUGGUUCUGCAGUUUGACUGUUGUUCUUAACUGUGAGCAAAGUAAGUAAAUAUUUCUAGUACAUGUAUAUAGGGGUAUGUACAGUCAGUUUAAACGAGAAGGAAAGCCUGGUUAAAGCCCAUCCUGACGUGUCUUCAUCAGCAUAUGCUCCAGGUCUGCAGUCACAGACACGAGUACCUCAAGCAGGAUGAGAUGGUGCCUUGCCAACUCUUCUGCCCUGCACUGCUUUUUAUAGCUGGGUACAGCAAACAGGAAUGCUUUGUGGGUCCCUGUUUCGUGGUUAACGAGCAAGAAGGGAGGACUCUGGAGGGGGCCAAGGAAUUAAACAGGUUUUCAUUCUACUUUAACAGUUAGUUACCAGUGCAAACUUGCUAUGAAUAUUUUUUUUUUUUAAAGAUAAUUAUACACCCAUAUUUAACCAUGUUACACUUGACAUUUGUGUUUGUCCUAUAAAGCAGGGCCAACUUAAGUAGUGGUGGGGCCCAAUGUAACAUUGGCUUUGACAAAUAUUUAUGUAAAUGAAAAUUGUCCUACAUUUGGCCCUUUAGCUUUUCUUGAAAAAACUCCAUAGGAUUUGCUAGGAGUUGUACUUGAAAAUAACCGAAGGGUUUGUAGGUUGGGAAACACUGAAAUAAUGUGUUACUGUCUCCAUUAUGUAUUAUAUGCCAAUCAUCACAACUACCACUACACUGUACUGCUGUUAUACUGGCAGUCCAGUAUUUGGACCAGUUUGUAAUUUGCAGUUUUAGAAAACCUGUAAUAAGGUUAUUGGAGAAAAUAUUUUCUCAAGAAACUGUACAAGAUUUGCGUUCCUUUUUCUAUAUUUUACGAGAUUGGAAGCUCUAGUUAGCAAACACUCUCUAAUACCUCAACUAGUAACUAUUUGUAUGUAUAAUUGCUUUUUCCUCCAAUUGCCAAUGUUAUGUUACAGUCUACAUCUUGCAAUUUAGAGCAGACAAUAAUAUUUACCCAUCAGCCAUUGUGCUUUCCUGUAGGGAACCACUGUAGCCAGCAAAGACCCUCCAGGUGGUGAGAAAUAAACCCUUACAUUGAAUGUGUGCACUUUUUUAAGCCCUCUAAAAAUCUAAAGAUCAAAUAUAUAUUUUAAUGUUUUAAUAAAUAUUUUUUAAUAUUAACAAAA